ACUGGACUGGUCAUGGGUGCCCUUCUUGUUCUUGGUGGCUAAGUAGUCAAAUAUCAAGGUCCAGAUGUAAUGGCGCUUCCCCUACAAUUGAAUGUCCCUCAGGUAAGGGUGGUGUCAAGUCAUAAAGGAUGCUCUGAUGGUGGAAAGUGUGACCAUCCAAGGGAUAGAGAAGGAGGGAUGGCUAACUUAGCUGCUAGGUCCUAUUUGAGCUUUAUAGCGGUAAACUACAGCUCCCAGCAUUCAACGCGGGGAGCUUGGGAAGCAGUGCUCGGCUCGUUUGGACUCAGUGGGUUUGGGAAGCCGUCGAGCCGCUGGAUAAGCAUUUUUAAACAACGAGGAAACACAGCGUGGCAUUUCUUUUCACUAUUAUUCUUCAGUCUGCAUCUUUCAGCAUGGGGAAUGGCAUCAAUAAGGUCCUGCCUGACUUGUACUUGGGGAAUUUCAAAGAUGCCAGAGACCGAGAACAGUUAGCCAGGAACAACAUCACACACAUCCUGUCAAUUCAUGACAGUGCAGCUCCCAUCCUCCAGGAGAUGACCUAUCUCUGCAUUUCAGCAGCUGACCUGCCCACACAAAACCUGACUCAGCACUUCAAACAAAGCAUAAUGUUCAUGCACGAGUCCCGCCUGAAAGGAGAAGGCUGCCUCGUCCACUGUUUGGCAGGUGUGUCCCGCAGUGUCACCCUGGUGGUGGCUUACAUCAUGACAGUGACAGGACUGGGCUGGCAGGAGGCGCUGGCUGCAGUGAGGGUGGUCCGGCCCUCGGCUGGGCCCAACCUGGGCUUUCAGCACCAGCUCCAGGAGUUUGAGGCUACUCAAGCGGAUCAGUUCAGAGAAUGGCUACAGAAGGAAUAUAAGGAUAACCCCUUCAACGAUGAGGCUGAUCUACGUGACUUGCUUGCCAGGAUGACUAAAGCCAACAGUGAAAGGGUGGAAAAACAGGCAUCUGGAGGUAUCUGAUCAGAUCUUUUGAUGAGAUAUUUGGCCGUUCAGCCUGGAGGAUUACACCACAGAUACUACAGUGUUCUGCACCUAUCUGGAAGCAUAAUGUGCUUUAGAGUGGACUACUGUCGGGAUGUUUAUCGCUGCUGGACUAAUCCUCUGCAUAUCAUGGACAUGAACAGUGGAAGAGACAAUAGCCAUGUACAGCACAUAUUCAUUUUUAGUGUUGGUUGAUGUUUCUGGUGCUGUUUUUUUUUUUUCUUCUAAUUUAUGAUUGCUGUGUUUUUUGUACUGUGCCAAGAUAAUUUCAAAGUGGUGAAAUAAAAGGGUAAAUUCAA